AUGCCUGCUCCUUAUAAGCAGGAGAAAAUGACGAACUUGAGAGUUCAGAAGGAUGGAAUUGCACCUUACGAGACAGGGCGGCGCCAUAGGACUCCCUCUAUUUCACGGUCUACGCAUCUGAUCGUAAAAGCAGGAGGGCCACAAUUGAGAGAAUCUUUGAAAAAUGGAAAAAUAUUUUCGAGAGAAGAUCUUUUUGUCAUUGAAUCUACUUCAGGAAGCAGUGAAAAGAUGUCUUGCUGGUGGAAUGUUCCAAAAGAUAAGAAGUCGAUGCUUGAGGUUCAUGUAAUAACCAAUGGGAUCGCUUAA